AUAAAAUGUUUUUUUCAGGCCGACGUCGGUGACGAGCGUUCCCACCAAACCAACCCCGACAUGAAGACCGACGCGUGGAGCUGCAAGGCCGAGCCGUGCUCGCCGAGCCAGUGCCCGGCCGAGGACCAGACGGAACCGGUGGACCUGUCUCUCCACAAGCCUCGUUCGUCCUCGCUGCCCCCCGCCGCCGCCGUCGUCAACGUGCCCGUCAACCCCGCGCCAGGAAGCGGCCUCGCGCAGCCCGGACUCACGGCCACGCCCGUCACCUCCAACGUACAGUCCAUCGGAUCCAUGGUUCUAUCGCCGGGCUCCAUUUUGGCCACGCAGGGCGCGGGCGGCCAGCAGAUCUUGCACGUCAUCCACACAAUCCCUUCGGUCAGCAUGCCCAGCAAGGUGGGGCAGCUGCAGACCAUUCCCGUGGUGGUGCAGUCCUUACCUGUGGUCUACACCGCCGUGCCCGCAGACGGCGUCGCCGCCGCCACCGCAGCCAUCACCGUGCCGCUCAUUGGCAGCGACGGACGGUCGGAAGGCUCCGGUAAGGAACGUCGGGGCUGGGUUGGACGCUCUUUCAGUUGCGCCCUCACUUCGAAUGACUUCUGAGUUCACAGUUAGCGCGGCAUUCGCCGCAACGUCCCUCCAUCUGCCAGGAAAAAGACAAAAGAGCGUCUCGUUUGUCUAGCAGCAGCUCAUAGACUUUAAAUAACUUCACA